CAGUUAUAGAACUUGCACAACCAUGGCCACCGCAGGCCCCAGUAGACGCCCCGAUGGCAGAACGCCUGCCCAGCUUAGGCCUUUGCAUCUGUCCAUUGGUGAGCUCGAUCGUGCAGACGGCUCGGCUCGCUUCGCUUUCGGGUCAAAUGCCGUCCUUGCAAGCUGCUCUGGUCCUAUAGAGGUCCGCCUCCGUGAAGAACUCCCAGACAAAGCCACUUUUGAAGUAAAUCAUCGCCCUCUCGAGGGCGUUGGUGCAACUCCUUCCCGAGCUCUUGUCACCACCCUUGAAACUAUUUUCCCUCCCAUCUUAUCAUUAGAAAAGCACCCGAGAUCCCUUGUUCAGCUUGUAGUGCAGAGCUUAGUGCCAUCUACAGGUAGGGUUGUGUACGGGUCUGUCUUUGGGGCGGAAGGGGUGGGAGCAGAGCAGAACACAUGGCCGGCGACGGAUAAGGACGAUUACGCCUAUAUCCCAGAAAGUAGAAAAGAUGCAGCUAGGAUAUCUCCUGCAGCGGGGUAUACUUUUACUGCUCGAGCCGCCUCUAUCAACGCUUCGACAUUAGCACUCCUCUCCGCGGGUACAAUAUCGAUCUUAGCACUUCCCGUCGCUGUAGCCCUCGUGGUGACUACCAAAGGGAGAGUGAUGUUGGAUCCAGAAGCCGAUGAGGAGAAGCAGGCAAAGGCGAGACUCGGGUUCGGCUGGGCCUGGGGUGCAGUAUUUGGGACGGCCAAUGAAGAGAACAAUAUGGGAGUUGCUGGGCAGAACGACGGUGGGGCAGAACUUGUUUGGAUCGAAAGUGAAGGUAGCUUCACUAGGCAGGAAUGGUCGGAAGCGCUGCAAAUGUCCAAAACGGCCUCAAAGGCAAUCCUUGAAUUCAUUCGAAUCCAACUUGACGCUCAUCUUAGUUCACAUCAACUCUCAUAGACUUCGUAUUUUAAUGCAUUGUGUAC